GUCUAAUUUAACUAGUUUUCUUGGCACCAUUGGUAGAAAUAAAAGAUUCGUUAGUCUUUUGUACACUAGUUGGCAUGCUGUUUCUCCGAAAGCUAAGAAGUUCAUGUGGGACUAUGUUAACAUAAGACACUCGACCAAGUUUAUCCUCCCAGGCAGUGGAGAAAAGUGGAUAAUGCAAGCGAUUCGAGAUGCUUGGAAGCGGUUCAAAGGAAAGAUUAAGCAAAAGCACUUCGUUCCCUAUGAUACUAUUGAAGAUAUGGUGAAGAAUCGACCCCCACAAGUACCAAAAAGUCAAUUCAUAAAAUUGAUCUAUUAUUGGAGUCAUCCUCUAAUCCAGCGAGCGACAAAGAAAACAAACGAGGAACCAAAAAAGUUUGAAAUGUUCAAUGCUACCCGAACAAGUCGGAAGAGGAAAGAAGUUGAUGAGGAAACACAUACUGCUAUUAAGACUUCCAACACCGCCAAGCUACUGGUGAAACAGAAGAAGAAGCAUUUGAGGCCUUAUUCGGAAAAGAACAACCAAUUCGGGUAAGGUGCUAUGAAAGAUCUGUGACAAAAAGUGAUUUAAAAAAACAUGCUGAAAUUUCUGAAAUCAAGAAUUAGCACAAAGAGGAAGUGACAACACUGAAAGAUAAACUUGGACACAUGGAGGCCAAACAGCAGAAACAAGAGGAAGAGAUUCAUGUGUUGCGAAAUAUGGUCAAGUUAAUACUGCAGCGAUCGGAACCUGGAAUGAGGCCAGAAGAACUAGAAGCUUUAUUACAAGACGCCCAAUAGUCUCCGAUUGAUGCGAAUAACGGCCAUGGAUCAACUCAUUUUCUGAACUUAGAUGUGGGUAACAAUAAAGAUUAAGC